AUGUCAAAGAGAAAAUACGAAUACGGUGCUUCAAAAAGGAAACGAAAAAUGCAAGAAGAAGCUUUUAUAGAUAAACAAAAAGGGUCGUUUUUAAAAUAUUUAACUACAAACAAAAACAUUGAUAAUGAACAACAACAAACUAAUGUUGAUAAUGAACAAGAACAAGCUAAUGUUAAUAAUAAUGAUCAUGAACCAACUAAUAUUGAAAAUGAUAAUGAACCAACUAAUACUGAAAAUGGUAAUGAACAAACUAUUAGUCAAAAUAAUAACGAACAAACUAAUAUUGAAUUUGAUAACGAACAAACUAAUAGUGAAAAUGAUAAGGAACAAAGUAAUAUUGAAAUUGAUAACGAACAAACUAAUAGUGAAGAUGAUAACACACCUUUAAACAUAUAUGAUCCAAGUAGAUGGAAUAAUAUUAGUACUAACUUAAGAGAUUUAAUAGUAGAAAAGGGUCCUAUUAAGAUUUAUGAUUUUAAAUUUCCAAAAGAUCAACAUUCAAGAAGCUUUAGUACAUCUCUUUAUAUGCAAAAAAUACCAAAUGGAGAAAAAUACGAACAAACAUGGUUGGUUUAUUCUAUAGAUGUAGAUAGAGUUUUUUGUUUUUGUUGUAAAUUCUUUAAUGUGAAUACAUCUAUAUGUUCGUUAGCACAUAAAGGAAAUAAUGAUUGGAAUAAUAUUUCUAGUAUAUUAAAAAGACAUGAAGCAAGUAAUGGACACAUUCUUAAUAUGAGGUCAUGA